CUUAACUUACUUGCUAUAACAUGGCAAUCAAUACUAGUGGCUAUGACCUGAACUGGUUGGAGCCCCCUCCUGAUGACCUCAAGUGUCUCAUCUGCCUCUGUGUGGCCAGGGACCCUCACCAACAUCCUGGAGAUGACACCAACGAAUGUGGCAAAGUAUUCUGUCGUAACUGCAUCACUGAAUACCAGAAAAACAAGACAACUUGCCCAAACUGUCGGAAAAACCUCACUCACUUCAAGGAUGCAAAAAGUGCCCGGCAAAUAAGAUCCAUCAAGGUCAAGUGCGACAACAAUGGUUGUCCCUGGGUGGGGGAACUUGGCUCCUUAGAUGCACACCUUCAGUCAUGUGACUAUGCUCUCCUGCCCUGUACUAACAAGUGCAAGAUCGAUAACGAGAUUGCCAAGUUUCUGAGGAGGAAGGAUCUUAAAGACCACCUUACCAACGACUGCCCAAGACGCCAGUACAAGUGUUCAUAUUGCAAAGAGACGGGUGAAUACCAAGAGAGGAUCACCACUCAUCUAGAUACCUGUCCGAAGGUCAAAGUACUAUGCCCAAAUCCCCAGUGCCCAGUCGGAAAUUUUCGAAGCCAAAUCGACAGCCAUCGCUCCACCUGCAAGUAUGAGACUGUGCGCUGCAAGUAUGCUGAAGUUGGAUGUAAAGAAAGACUUGUACGACAAGAACUCUCAAAACACGAGGAAGAUGACCAAUUUCACCUUCGAGUAACGACUGUAAAAGUUCUAGAGCUUACCAAAAUGAAUAGGUAUCUGCUUAAAUCUACUAGCAGAGUUCCUUGUACAGUCAGAUUAGCUAACUAUCUGAAAUACAAGAGUGAUGCUGAUGAAUUUUGCAGUCCUCCGUUCUACACUUCUUACACUGGCUACAAGAUGUGUAUCAAUGUGUAUGCCAAUGGCCUUGGUGAUGGUAAUGGCACUCAUGUUUCAGUGUAUGCCCAUCUCAUGAAGGGAGACAAUGAUGACUCCCUGUCUUGGCCGUUCACUGGGAAAGUCACAUUCGAGCUACUCAACCAACUGGAGGACAAGAACCAUCACCAGGAGACAACCCUAUUCCGAGCAGACAGUAAGUCCAGUCAGAGAGUGGUGGAGCGUGAGAGAGCAUCACUAGGAUACGGCCGGCCAAAGUUCAUCUCCCACGCUGACCUCGACUACAAAUCUGACAAGAACACUAAGUACCUCAAAGACGAUACUCUGAUGUUCAGGGUAUCUGUACAAGUACCUGACUACAAGCCAUGGCUAGAGUGUACUCUCUAAAGACCUAGUUAUAUCCAGUUUUUUUUUAGUUUAUCAACUAAAAAGUUGAACGAUAGCUAUAGCUGACAUUCCAUGUGUGGUAGUACCAAGAAGUUAUGGUGUAAUUUAUAAUUUUCGGUUAUACAA